CCAUAUCCGUGUCCCACCAUGUCACCACGUGCUCCAUGUCCCCCCCAUAUCCGUGUCCCACCAUGUCCCCGUGUGCUCCGUGUCCCCCCCAUGUCCGUGUCCCACCCCGUCCCCAUAUUUUCCAUACCCAUGUCCCACCACGUCCCACCACGUCCCUGUGUCCCCCAUACCCACGUCCCCUGUUUCUGGGCCCUCCCUUUUGUGCCCCACCCGUGUCCCUGAUGUCCCCGUGUCCCCACCCGUGCCCCAGGUGCCGCUGCCGCCAUGGACCUGCUGUUUGGGCGCCGGAAGACGCCGGAGGAGCUGCUGCGCAGAACCAGCGAGCGCUGCCGCGCCAUGAGGGAGCUCGACCGCGAGCGGCAGAAGCUCGAGGCGCAGGAGAAGAAGAUCAUCGUCGACAUCAAGAAGAUGGCCAAGCAGGGCCAGAUGGACGCGGUGAAAAUCAUGGCGAAGGACCUGGUGCGGACACGACGGUACGUGAAGAAGUUCAUCACCAUGAGGGCCAACGUCCAGGCUGUGUCCCUCAAGAUCCAGACCCUCAAGUCCAACAACUCCAUGGCCCAGGCCAUGAAGGGCGUCACCAAGGCAAUGGCCACCAUGAACCCCCAGCUGAAGCUGCCCCAGAUCCAGAAGAUCAUGAUGGAGUUUGAGAAGCAGGCGGAGAUCAUGGACAUGAAAGAGGAGCUGAUGAAGCGCAUCGACGACGCCAUGGGGGACGAGGAUGAUGAGGAGGAGAGCGACGCGGUGGUGUCACAAGUGCUGGAUGAACUGGGGCUGAACCUCACCGACGAGCUGGCCACCCUGCCCCCCCCGGGGGGGUCGCUAGCCGCGGGGGAGGGGCGGGCGCCCGAAGCCGCGGCCGCGUUGGCCGACGCCGACGCCGACCUGGAGGAACGGCUCAAGAACCUGCGCCGGGACUGACCCCUGACCCCUGACCCCUGACCCCGGACCCCCCCUCAGCCCCAGACCCCCCGGGGUUAACCCCCGCUGCUCUGCGACCCCGCAAAUUGACACCCUCGCCCCCCCCCCCCCUUCCUCCACCUUGACCUUUAGUGACCCCGUAACCCCCCCCCCCCCACCAGGGGCUGACCCCGGGUGACCUUCAACCCUGCCUGACCCCCCCCUGGGCUGGGGGGGGGCGGGGGGCACACCAGACACUACAGCACCCCAGCCCCCCGGGGGUAUUUCCCCCCAUCUUCUGGGGCAUUUCCCCCCCCCCCCCGGCAUUAUUUGCCCCUUUUAUCUGGGUUAUUGACUCUCUCCUGGGGUAUUUCCCCCCCUCCGGGGUAUUCCCCCCCCCCCCGUAUUUUCCCCCUUUAUUUACAUUAUUGACUCUCCUGGGUAUUUCCCCCCCCCCCCCCCCCAGUAUUUUCCCCCUUUAUUUACAUUAUUGACUCUCCUGGGUAUUUCCCCCCCCCCCCCCCCCCCAGUAUUUUCCCCCUUUAUUUACAUUAUUGACUCUCUCCUGGGGUAUUCCCCCCCUGGGAGCUCUUUGCCCCAAUAUUUCCAUUAUUUGCCCCCUCUUGGGGUAUUUGCACUCCCCCCCCCCGCCCCCCCCCAAGGCUAUUUGCCCCUUUUGGGGGUAUUUUCUCCCCCCCCCGGGGCAAUAAGGCCGCACGUUGGUA